AUGGGGACACCUUUUGAGAUACUGCAACUUCCUGACAUAUUUCUCAGUGAGCUGAAAAUCAUCUGGCCCGAACUUGUCCUCUUUUAUGGAAAGCCUCGACAUCCACAGAGCCAAGGAUCCGUGGUUGCAUGGAUUGGAUACAACACCACGGAUUGGAGCAUUGGAAUCAAGUUUGUCCAGUUCCAGAAGAAUUCCAGCUUGCAUGCAGGUAUUCGCAGAUCACCCUAUGCAGCCAUGUUUGGAUGUGAGGCCAAAGUGGUCCUGAUAUCGUCCUCGCUGCCUGAUGAGGUAAUUCAAAGGAUGCAGUGUGAGGAUGGUCUUUUAGCUGUACUCACCACCGAUCAAAACAGAGAGGAACCAGGUCCUGUUCCCAGUGCUGAAUCAGCCGAAGUUCACUUUGAUAUGGAACUUGCAUCACCCGAAGACGAUUUGAGCCCCAAAGAGAAUAUCACUGCCCAGAGAAAAGGUGCCCAUAUGAGUCAACUUCCCCAGGCUGAACACAUGGUCAAACGGAGUCGAAUUGACCUUACAGCCGACGAACCACUUGAUAAUGCUGCUGUCCCUAUUCCACUGGUAGAUAAGGGGCGAUGUGAUCCUCGGAACAUUCUCGGUGUCGUCUUGGAACGUGACCAAAAUGACAUGUACACCAUUGGAGUCAAGGCAGGAGUUCUGAAGGCCAAGCUGUCACGCAACCAGUUUGACUUAUGCCCUCAGCGCCUUCUGGGAGAGGACUCCAUCAAUCGCGACAGGGUGGUAUCUCUGCGAGAAGCUGUUACCUUUGAAUCGAACUGUGGGGGACAGGGUUUUGUCAAAAGCAACUGCCCAGGACCCAAAAAGUGUCGAACAAACAGAUGCAAGUGCUUUAAAAACAAAGUUAAAUGUAACACGGUGGAGACCCCAAACUCUACGGGAUCUCCUCUUCGCAUUUCAAGUGAGUUCGGCGUGAGAUGCUCAGAGCUGGUCUUCUCCAACGGCAGUAUUCCUGUUCGCCGCUAG